AUGACGUCACACCAACAUGGCGGCGUCCAGGGUGCGACAGUGUUAUUUACUUUGUCGCAUCGCAGGAAUAAACGUGACUCCACGGCAGAUCAAACCUGACACCGUUUUAUUAGGAGACACAAACAACACGUUACAGACGAGUGUUCGGUUUGCGAGCCGAAAUUCAGACGACACACAGGACACUCAAGUGCACAUUCCAGUGGAUCGUCUGACCGUGUCUUACAGCAGAAGCAGUGGUCCUGGUGGUCAACAUGUCAAUAAAGUCAGCACAAAAGCUGAGGUUCGAUUCCACGUGAAAACAGCCGACUGGAUCCAAGAGGACGUGCGACAGAAAAUCUUUGAAAAGAACCAUAACCGCAUCAAUAAGGCCGGAGAGCUGCUGGUGACCUCCGAGCUGAGCAGGAGUCAGCACAGAAACCUCUCAGACUGUGUCCAGAAGAUUUCCGCCAUUAUCGCUGAAGCUAGCAAGAAACCACAUGAGCCAACAGCAGAAGACGUAGCUGUUAGGGCGGCCAGGUUAGAGAAGAGGAACAAGGAGCGACUCAAACAGAAGAAGAUUCACUCAACAAUGAAGCAGAGCAGACGAGUGGAUUUUGACUAAUUGAUUUACAGCUGUUUCUACCUCCCAUCGUUGUUUUGUCAAUAAUAAUAUCAUUAGAAAUUAUA